AUGGAGAACAAAGUGAUUGAGAAAACAUCGAAGCCAAGCAAUCGACAUCCUCCUCGUCGAAUAGAAUAUUGGGCUGGUAAAAAACUUACAAAAGCUUCAUCGGAUCUUUUUCUCGAUCGACCUCGACCAGCGAAUACUGUUUUUUCAGGUCCUAAUGCUGUAUUUAUUCAACGGUACCCUAUUCGAGAUACUAUUGGAGAGUUGAACGACGGAGAAGCAUCAGUACUUCGUUCACUUGAUCUUGGUUAUUUGACAAGAGGAUAUGCAAUAGAUCCACCACUGCGUCGAACGGCAUUUCCAGGUGAAAUUGGCUGGACAGCAAUAUACUAUCGUCGAUAUUUAAAACCUUAUAAAUAA